ACAAUCUUAAGAAAACACCUGUGUGUCUCGGAUUAAAUUCCGAUAACUAAUCAAAAAAAAAUAUAACUUGCUGUUAUUAAUAAAUAAACAAAGUAUUAUUGAGCACUGAUUGUCUUGGUCUGUAUUUGAAGAUGGUCUAUUUCAUUUAUAUUGCAAUUUUUAUUUUCAUAUUCUGGUGGUAUAAUACGAGAAAGUUCAAUUACUGGACAACACGAGGCAUUAAACAUGAAAAACCGGUGCUAUUUUUAGGUACAUAUGGCAAUAUGUAUAUCCAGAAGCAAAACCGAUCUCAAAUAGUUGAAGAACUUUAUUGGAAAUAUCCAAAUGAAAAGGUGGUUGGAGCAUUUAAAUCCACGACACCUGAACUUAUUAUCAGAGAUCCUGAUUUGAUAAAAGAUAUUUUGAUUUUUCACUUUCCAUCAUUUUAUAGUCGUGGUUUCAAUCAUAGCAAUGAUGUGGAAAUUUUGCGAAAACAUUUGAUUGCUAUAGAUGGAGAUCUUUGGCGAAUGCUAAGACAACGAAUGACGCCAGCUUUUACAAGCGGUAAGCUGAAAGCCAUGUUCCCUCUGAUUGUAGAACGGUGUGAGAAGUUACAGGCAAGUACUCUCACUGCAGUUGCUCGCAAUAAUACACUUGAUGCUAGAGAACUGAUGAGCAGAUACACUAUGGAAGUCAUUGGUGCUUGUGGUUUCGGAAUAGAUACUAACACUCUAAAUGAUGGAAACGCAGCUUUUCUUCAACUUGGUAAAAAUAUUUUGAACAUGACACCAACGAAGGCAAUUUUUUUAUUGUUAAAAGAUAUGUUUCCAUAUUUUGAAAAAAGAUUUAAUUCCUUUUUAGAAAUAGAAUCACAAUUUCUUAGCUUAGUAAAUCAUAUAAUAAAGGAAAGGAACUAUAAGCCCUGUGGUCGCAACGAUUUCAUUGACCUUAUGUUAGAAUAUUUAAAUAAGCCCAUGGAAGCCGAAUCCAUGGAAAAAGUUGGUGAUGGCAAAAACCCCGUCAAGGUCAAGAUGAUUAUGGAUGUAAACUUAUUUGCUGCUCAGGUUUUUAUAUUUUUCAGUGCCGGUUUCGAAACUUCGGCCUCUUCGACUAGUUAUACAUUACACCUUCUUGCAAUAAACCCUGAUGUACAAAAGAAAGUUCAAUACGAUAUUGACCUAGUUUUAAGAAAAUAUAAUGGUACGCUUAGUUAUGAAUCUAUACAAGAAAUGACUUAUCUGGAAUGGGCUUAUAAAGAAGCACUUCGAAUAUUUCCGUCUGCAGGUUAUCUAAUGAGAAGAAGUACAAAUAUAUUUAGAUUUAAAGACAUAAACUUGGAAAUAGAUGAACGUGUAAAUAUAAUUAUUCCUAUUCAGGCUUUACAUAUGGAUCCCAAGUAUUGGGAAAAUCCUGAGGAAUUUAGACCUGAAAGGUUUCAUCCUGAUAACUUUGGAGCGACGCAAAAAAAUGUAUAUUUUCCAUUUGGAGAAGGACCUCGGAAUUGUAUUGGUAGUCGUCUUGGCUUGAUGCAGUCCAUGGCAGGACUGGCAGCGAUACUCUCCAUGUUUACAGUAGAACCUGCACCAGAAACUGUUCGGCAUCCAAAAAUUGAUCCAAAAUCUAAUAUUAUUCAAAGCAUAAUAGGAGGUUUACCUUUAAUAUUUCGUGAAAGGAAGAAAAGUGUCAACUGAAACACAAAUUCAAUAAGAUUUUUUUUUAUGAGUUGAUUAUAAGAACUGCCAAGAAGAGUACGAAAACAAUAAUUUAUGAUUAAUCGAACUAACCUGUAAGUGAAGUUCUAUCAUAAUUAUGCGAGGUAUUUCGUUCGAGGAGAUUAGCAUCCCACCCUCCCUCUACCCUAAUAAAAUAUCAUAUUAUUGAGAUGUAUUUCCAAAGAAAAACUUUAUAAAUCAUUAUACUUAAUUACUACUAACAUAAAUAUUAUAUGUUAUCCAUAUUAAUUAUACUGCUUGUG